AUGUUGGACGUGAUGAAUUGGCUUCUUAGUGGUACAACUUUGGAUCAGUUUCCAGUACUGGUGUCUUCAUGCGAUUUUGCUAAUGUUUGUCUGUUGAUGAGCAAUGUCGCAAGUAAAAGAAUAUAUGUUAAUGAUGGAAACGUGAUCCAAUUCACCCCAGCAGCUGGUCGGGAGAUAGGAACAGGAACAGUCCUCGAUCGUUACAUCUUUAGCUCAUCUCCCUCUCGUCGCCCUGUAUCCCCAUGUCCAACAUGUGGUGAUCGACCAAGGAGUGAUGGAGUCAUAUCUUCAUGCCUUGAAUGCUUCCUCUCUGGCGGUAAAUUAUAUCGUUUUCAAUAUGGUGUAUCGCCAGGUUUCUUUCUUGCCCAAGUGAGAGGAACGUGCACCUUUGCUCGUUCUGAUUCUCGGGAGGAUGUCCUCCUCCGCGCUGAGAUUCUUCUUGGUAACGGUUUUGGAAACUACAACCUUUUCAAGAACAACUGCGAGGAUUUUGCAAUCUACUGCAAGACGGGUUAUCUGCUCCUGAGAAAUGUGGGGAUAGGGCGCAGUGGUCAGGCAGCGUCAUUGGCUGCAGCAGCUAGCGCGUUGGCUUCAUCACCAGUUCGCCUUAUGCCUACAAGUGGUCUUGCAGCUGUUGGUUGGGGAUUUUACUGUGCUAAUCGAUUUUUUUCUGAUAUUGGAAUCCACAGGGAUGUGAUGAAAAUACCUGCAGAGAGGCUUGUUUCCACUGAUCGCCUUAGAAGUGUUUGAACCUGCAUUACUCAAAAUGGCUUCUUGGGACCAAAUCUUGAACUUAUUUAUACCUCACUAUUCUUAUCAUUCGUGAGAUACAACUUAUUCUCAAAUGCCUUGUUAUGAUUCUUUCCUUUCAAUUUGCAUCUAUGAUCUAUGUUGAAAGAACUUAUCGUGCAUCGUUUGCCGCA